AUGACACUCAUCUCAGACCUGGUCUCGGCGUCUGCGCACCUCCACAGCACCACGGACCUUUCUGAUGAGGACCAUGAUCAUCGAAUUCGCGACUGUGUUGCAUACUUUAGGCAGCUCUCAUCCACCAAAGCUCUCAGCUCUGUCGCUGAUGAUGAAACUCUCCUGGAUCAUUUUGAUCCAUCAGCAGAUUCAAUCGCGUACCUAUUCAUUCUCCGGGUCCAGAUCCAAACCUCACAAGAAAGGACAAGUGAGAAGUUGCCUACCAACUUACGUCCGAUGGGGAAAUUGUGGUCAAGAGCUGUACGCUUUUUGAAAAAAUUCGACAACAUCCACAUCAGAUAUGCUGGUCAGGAAUGGCGCCAGCUUAUUGAGGUUGUGGCACAGGACCAUCUCCGAUAUUUUCUGUAUGGUGCUAUGGUGUACAUGGCACUUAAGCAAUGGCGCAAGUCAUCUCACUUUCUCGAGGUUGUCAUCUCAAUGCCUACUACUAGCGUCGUCAGCAUGGUCAUGGUGGAAGCAUACAAGAAAUGGGUUUUGGUGGGCUUGCUUGAAAAGGGCAAGCUAUGUUCACCUCCGGGCAUCACAUCUCCCCACGUGGUGAAGAUGUACCAGUCUCUUGCAAGGCCCUACAUUACGCUUGCUCAUACCUUUGAACGCGGUGACAUGAGCAGACUGAGGGCCGAGGUAGAUGCAGCGGGAGAGGUAUGGUGCAUGGACAACAACCUUGGCCUGGUCUCUCAAGUGGUCAAUGCCUUCUACAGACACACCGUCGUCCGACUUGGGAGAACUUUUGCUGCCCUAACUGUGGCCGACCUUGCUAAACAGGCGUUGCCCCCAUCUACCAGCAAAGAAGUUGCUGAGUCCACUAUUGCCUCUCUCAUCAUGUCCGGGGCUUUGAAUGCUACUUUGCUGCACCCGCCGAACCAUGUUGGUCCCACAAUGCUGCGAUUCACCGCCAUGCCCUCGUUUCCGCGACUGUCAGAUGAAGUGGACAUGCAGGUCCAACUCAAGGGAGAACAACAGUCGCUAGAGACUCUGAUGGGCCAUCUGGUUGAAAGCAACCAUCACCUCGGCUUGAGCGAUGAAUAUGUUGAAUACGUGCACAAGGGUCAAGGCUGGGUCAAUUCGGGUGACGUCAACCUCACUGAGGAGGAUGGAUUUGAUAUGGAUGAAGACAUCAUGGGGGAUCCAUGA